UUUUCAGAUUUUCUCCUCUUGUGAGAGCAUGAUGGAGUUCGUGGUGCAGGUGGAGAGGCGUCGGAGUAGGGGGAGAAAAGGGAUGGGGGUGUGAAAGGGAUAGCUAGCGCGUGCGGUGGACAGACUGCAAGGAUUGGGCUGCGUGCCUGGGGGCCCCGGGGUGGGCUUCUGCGCGCGCCCCCGCAGGCGUGGCAGCGGUGCGGGCCGGGGCGCUGUGCGUGCGCGGAGCAGACAGGUAGCGGUUUGCUGUUCUCUGUGCGUGCGCCGGGCUCGGACGUGAACCCGGGUGAGCAGUUGUGCGCUGUUUUGGGUCAGUGACAAAUGCGCACACUUCCUGCCUGGUGGAGUAGAAGGCAAAGCUCGGCAAGGAGGGCAGAAUGGAACAGCAGAGGUGGCUCCUGUUAUUAUUUCUGGGGGUCCAACUGCUGCUUAUGGGCGCGUUCCUCUACCAAAACCCCCACUGCCACGGCUUCAUCUCGUUCUUGCGCUUCCUAAUACAAGACAGGCCAGAGGUGAGAGAAGAGCUGCCGUUUUUGGUUCAGGUGUCUUCUCCAGGAAUCCGUUACUGGGAUGUGUACUCCAACCUCAGCCAGAUCCACCCUGUGGACAUCAGUGAGGAGGAUCUGCCCAACUGUCCCAUCGUCUCACCCUACAUCAAUGGCCCCUUGAAGGUAAUGAUCCCGGAAAACCUGACGAUGGAGCAGGUGGUGGAAAAGAACCCACUGGUGGAGCUGGGAGGCCAGUACCAGCCACCUGACUGCUGGACACAGCACCACACGGCGGUAGUGGUGCCCUACUAUGGGCAAGCCCAGCACCUGCGGGACCUGCUCUUCCACCUGCACCCCUUCCUGCAGCGCCAGCAACUGCACUAUGCCAUCUACGUGGUGAACCAGGUGAACAACACUGCCUUCAACCAAGGCAAGCUACGCAAUGUGGGGUUCUGGGAGGCCAUGCAGGAGGAGGACUGGGACUGUAUCUUCUUCCACGAUGUGAACCUACUCCCAGAGGAUGACCGUAACCUCUACAUCUGUGACAUCUUCCCUGCCCAUGUGUCCGUGGCCAUUGACAAGUUCAACUACAAGCUGCCCUACGGAGGCUACCUUGGAGGGGUGUUUGCUCUGCGCCCCAUUCACUACCUGAGGAUAAAUGGCUUCCCUAACACAUACUGGGGCUGGGAGCGUGAGGAUGAUGAUAUCGCUGCCAGGCUGAAACUAAGUGGGAUGCUCCUCUUACGGCCCCAUCUGCUCUUUGGCCGCUACCACAUGCUGGAGGAGGGUCAGGACCCCAGCCACAAGCAGAGGCCCCAGAGUCCUGGCCUUCUGGCCCGGAUCCACCGCAAGUGGCGACAUGAUGGCUUCAACUCAUUGGGCUACAGGCUCCUUUCCAAGGAGCUGCAGCCCCUCUACACCAACCUCACUGUGGACCUCAACUUCCCAGCCCCAUGAGCCCCCUGCCAGGGUGAGGUAUCUGGAGGCCCAAAUGGAAUCCCUGGGACUAGGACUGUGGGGCAGCCCUCCCAACCAUCUCACCUGGUUUCUUAUUAAAGAAGAAUUUAUUUUACUUGCUUCUCUCUGCCACUGCCACUUCCCACCCUCUCAUUUCCAUUCAUUCGUUCCCACAGAGUCCCACUCAAAUUCACCAAGCAGUGGUUCUCUCCUCCCAGUUCCAAGGGCUUCACGCACACUCACCCAUUUACUUAUCAUGCAAACUCAUGAGGUAGGCACUAUUAUAAUCUUCCUUAUGAAAACCAGGACAGAGGAGUUAAAUAACUUGUCCAAGUGAUGUAGAAUCAAAUAUAGGAACCUGGCUCCUGGGCCCAUGCACUUAAAGAUUAUGCUAUUCUGCUUCUUUCUUAUAGCAAAAAAACAGUAGGGAAAAGAAUGAAUAAUAAAAAAUGUGAGGAUGGUUGAACAAAUUACAGCAUGUCCACACAACAGAAUACCACGCAGCCGCUGAACAGAUGUAGAGUGAAAAUAACAAGAUGCACACAUGUGUAUGAUCUGAUCUGACAUUUAUAAAACAAAGAGGAAAGAGUUCGUAUAUAGGUAUGUGAUUAUGAGCAUGUUAGGGUGUGUGGAUAACAAGUUUUGGCAAACUUCUGUAAAGAGCCAGAUAGUAAAUGUUUUUGGGUUGCAGGCCAUACGGUCUUUGCUACACUUAGUCAAUUCUGCCAUGGAGCCACAAAAGCAGCCACAGACAAUACAGAAACAAAUGAAUAUGGCUGUGUCAAAUAAAACUUUAUUUAAAAAAACACGUGGCCAGCCAGAUUUGGUUGAUGGCCAGUUUGCUGACUUGUGGUGUAUAUGAUUAGGAGCCUAUACAAAAAUAGGAAAGAGUCCAUACUAAAAGGUUGACACCAGUUAUUUAUGGAGAGGCUCACCAGAGGUGGUGAAGCUGGAAGAAAAGGGGAGCAUACAGCUGAGCUACUCAUGAAAGAAACUUAAAAACUCCACCAUGAGAACAGUAUACAAUAUAGAAUCACAUUUAUGUAUUUACCCAAAAAAA